CUUCCUCAACUCCUUCUCUCUGCUCGAUACAGGUUGCUUAGUUUUUUUUCCUUGCGAGAAACAAGUCCCGUUUCUUGAGAUCUCAUGUUAUACCCAGCUAAUGUCGCUUCUUUUUCCUUCUUCUCUCUCUCUCCCCCCUCCUUUGAUUUUAUAUAUAAAGCCUUCCUUUGCCUAAAAAUUCCUAGAGACUCCAUUUCUUCUAUCGAUCUCUCUCUUUCUCUUGCACAAAAGAGAGAGAGAGAGAUAACAAAAUAACAAAACGGAAACGAGAAGAAGAAUCCUAUACAUAUCUGUCAUUUUUCAAAAGAACAAAAUGUUGGACGCUCUUUUUAAACCCAAAUUCUAUACGAAAUGCAAGAACUUGGUAAAGAUAACGAAAACAAGAGUGGAGACCGUGAAGAGGAAGAAAAACUCUGUUUGCAAAUAUUUGAAGAAGGACAUUGUCGAUCUUCUAAACAACAGCCUCGAUUACAAUGCUUAUGGCAGGGCACAAGGGCUUAUUGAGGAGAAACGGAGGUUGUCUUGUUAUGAGUUUUUGGAGCAAUUCUGUGUCUGUGUUGCAUCCAAUGUAUCUCUCUUACAGAAUUCAAGUAAAUGCCCCGAGGAGUGUCGCGAGGCCAUCUCCUCCCUUGUGUACGCGGCCGCUAGAGUCUCUGAAGUGCCUGAGCUUCGCGAUCUCAGAUCUUUGUUUGCUGACAGAUACAGGACUAAUUCACUUGAACAGUUUGUGAACCCUGAGUUUGUGGAGAGAUUCAAAGCGGAGCCCCCGUCAAAGGAAAUGAAGGUAGAGCUUCUCCAGGAGAUUGCCAUAGAGUACUCCAUCAAAUGGGAUGCCAAGUCUUUAGAGCAGAAGCUCUACCCAAAAACAAAGGCCAAUUAUAAUCCUGGAAAGACGAAUGAAAACAGAAGUAGCCUUUCGUUUCAUGUCAGAGAAGAGUCUCUGGAUGCCAAGUCCACGAGUAAAAGAAGCGAAGAGGACUCCAUGACUAGAAGCAAAAGUUGUGUUACUGGCCACGAGGAGGAGGAGGAGGAUGAUGAUCCAGAAAACAAACCUUUCUACUACAGAUUCAUCAUGCCCAGCAACGACAAACCCAAAAUAGAGAAACAGGAAAGCCUUCCGGAGAAGAUGACCAAGUCUGAUCUCAUGUCCAAAGACACGGAGUCUCCUCCAAGUGCGAAGCCGAGAUCAGUGAGAAGACGAUUAGCGAAGCCGCCGCCCUCAGAUGCGCCUAGUGGUGAAGAUUUGAUGAGAAGUUAUAAUAAGAUGGAGAAAGCAAGCGGAGAGGGGAUAAGGAGGAUGAAUCGUCGAACAGCGUCGUGGCAGUCCAACGUCCCAGAUUUUGAUGAGGUCGCUGCUCGCGUACAUGCUCUCACACGAAACUGAUGUGUGCAUUCAUUGUGAUUAGAGAUAUGUACAACUUGUCGUGUCUGUGAAUGAAUUAAUUCUUUGUAAACCAAAAGUGACAUGUGAGAAAAAAAAGUUUAGUUUUUUUUUAAUUU